CCUCGCACCCGUCUCCCGCAGACAGAUCCGCCUCGAUUCUUCGCCGCCGCGACGAGCUCCCUCCAUGGCGCCGCCGCCCGCCGCCGCGACCUCCUCGUCGUCCUCCUACACCGACACCUCGGGCUCCUCCUCGGACUCGUCCUCGUCCUCGGGGAGCGACCGACGCCGACGCCGCGCCCGCCACCGCAGCGGCCACCGGAAGGAUGCCGCGGCGGCGGCGGCGUCCUCGUCGUCGGCGCUGAAGGCGCGCAAGGACCGGAGGUCACGCCACAAGCGGCGCCGGAGGGAGCGGCGGCGGUCCCCGUCCGACGACGACAGCUACAGUAGCUCAAGCUCUUACGACAGUGAACAUGAGGGCAAAUCAUGCAAGCACAAGAAGAGCAGAUCAUCAAGGAAGUCUAGGGAGAGGGAGCGAAGCAAGGAUAGGCAUUCUAAACGAGACAAGAGCAAACAUAAAGAGAAGAAAGAUAGUGAACGUACUAGUGGCCCUGUGCAGCUCUCCAAGUUUCUUGGACGUGACAAGGAUGAAGGUGUUCAAAGGAGUGCAAUCUCUGGUAAAAAGAUAAUGAUGAAACUUGAGAAAUCCAAGGAAGACAAGCAGGCAGAGAGCAAGCGCAAUGAAUUGUUGAAGUUUCUGAAUGCAAGUUAUGAUUGACAGUUUGUUGGAAGUGCUGUCAUUUGCUGCCUUUUGGAUUUGUCUUGAUACUACCGCUUAGUCCACCAGUGCUGUUGGUUAUAUUUACAAGUUUUUUGUUCCCUGUUAUUCUAGUUAUGGCAUGACCGUCUGUGUUCAUGCCAGCACUUAGAUAGUUGUCGCAUCACCGUUGUCACUAAAAACUAUUACAUUUGAUCCUGGGCUGAUAAUGUUUUCAAUUUUCAUGUUAUUACUAGCAUAUGCAUUUGAGUGUUUCCCGA